CUGUCAUCAAAAGAAAUGCCUUACUAAUUUUUAUUUUAUAAUACAGAUAAGUUGAUCAAACGUUACCUAAAAAAAUGACAGAUUUAGGUUUCGUAAAAAAAUGCGAAUCUUGGCAAUUAGAAAGUAGAUUCUUUCCAAGUAAAGUCGGCGGUAAACCAGCAUGGCUUGAUUUAAAAAAUAUACCCGGAGAGAAGUAUCUUCAGUGUGAAUAUUGUAAAGAACCUUGUAUCUUUUUAUGUCAAAUUUAUGCACCAUAUGAAAACAGUGAAGAUGCUUUUCAUAGAACGAUCUUUCUUUUUAUAUGUAAAAAAGUAGAAUGCUCUCAAUUGAAUAAAAACGGAAAUUUAAAAGUUUUCCGUUCUCAGUUACCAAGGAUAAAUGAAUUUUAUCCAUCAGACCCGCCUAUAGAACAAAAUGAUUGGAGAACUGAUAUUAGUGUAAAUCAAUGGGUGAAAACUUGUUAUAUUUGUGGAAUAUUAGCACCAAAACAUUGUUCUAUAUGUAAAAUAGUAAAUUACUGUUGUCGUGCUCAUCAAAUUUAUGAUUGGAAACAUGGGCAUAAAGAAAUUUGUGGUAACAAUCAAAAAGUAAUGAAAAUGACUAAAUUUUUGUUACCAGAAUAUGAAAUAGUAAUAGAAGAGGAAGAUAAAGAAGAUAUAGACAAUACAGAUGAUUUAAUUAAAGAAGAAGAAGAAAUGAAAAAAUAUAAAACAAUGGUAGAAAAAGGUGAAGCAGGAACAUUUCCACAUGAAAAUGUACAAGAUUUAGUUUCAAGUAUGGCUAAUCAACAUGUAGAUGAAACAUUUUUUACAUUUCUUUCAACUAUAGAUAGAUAUCGAGAUCAAAUAUUAAGAUAUGACAGAGGAGGUCAUGUUUUAUAUAUUUCAGAUGAAAAUAAAAUUUUUGAAAUACCAAGAUGUCCAGAAUGUAAUGGGGAAAGACAAUUUGAAUUUCAGGUCAUGCCUCAAUUGUUAAAUUUCUUAGACUUUGAAAAUGCAUUAAAAUCUAUUGACUGGGGUAUUUUAGCAGUAUUCACUUGCAUAAGAUCGUGUGUACCUAAAAAUGGAUACAGCAUGGAAUAUGUAUGGAAACAGGAUAUUGUAGAAAGUAAUCUUAGUGAUGCUUUAAAAGAAUAA